UGAUUGGCUUGCGGGAUUGGACCAGCUUGGAAGACAAGGAUUGAUUGACAACAAACGGCAAUCCAGGGAGUGACGUGUUACUUCGUUUCUCCGCGACGCACGUCAAGCUCCACCUCCUCUGUGACGGCGUAGUCGCUUUUCGAGUGUUCAGCUCAGGCGAUUUAGUCUCAUUCACUUUGCUGGCUGCUUCGCUGGGAGUCGCUAGGAUUGAGCCCUCCACCCAGGCCGCGGGGAUGAAGCACCUGCCGUACUUCUGCCGCGGGGAGGUGGUGCGGGGCUUCGGCCGCGGCUCCAAAGAGCUCGGCAUCCCCACAGCUAACUUUCCUGAGGAAAUAGUUGAUAAUUUCCCUUCUGAUAUCCCUACUGGCAUAUACUAUGGAUGGGCUUCUGUUGCGAAUGGAGAUGUGCAUAAAAUGGUCUUGAGUAUUGGCUGGAAUCCAUAUUACAAGAACAUUAAGAAAUCUGUGGAAACACAUAUCAUUCACUCUUUCAAGGAGGACUUCUACGGAGAAUAUCUAAGUAUAAUUAUUCUUGGCUACAUAAGACCCGAAAAAAACUUUGAUUCUUUAAGUGCACUCAUAGCAGCUAUUCACAGUGAUAUUGAAGAAGCUAAAAAAAAACUAGACUUGCCAGAACAUCAGAAAUACAAAGAUGACAACUUUUUUCACAUGCCGGAAAGCAAAAUGAUUAAUGGUCAUUGAGUUAGGCUGCUUUAUGUAUCUUCACUGUGACAGUUUAAAUUGCACUGAUCUUAUAACAAUUCUCCUUAUUUAGAGAAAGUUACUGUAACUUUGUCCUUUUAUGGCUUAGUAUUUUCAGCUUGUGUUAUAGUUGAAUUAAAUUGGUCAGAAAACCAUGUGGAAUCAACUCUUCAGUUCUUCUCUGGCAAAGAAAAUGGCCAAAGAAAAGACCCAACAACCCCAAAAUGGCAUAUUGUUAAUGGAAUCUGUUCAGAUAUUUUUUUGCAUGUUUUGCAGUGUGUUACAAGCUUGACUAAGGCUGGGCAAAAAUUGGUUCCCUAACCCAGAAUGCACAAGUCAUGUCUACACUCGUUUAAUGCUAGCUGCCUGAUAUCCUGAAAUAAAUUCAGUUUAUGAUUUUAAAGUUCAAA